AUCAUCUCAAACUCCAUAUCGUUUUGUUAAAAUUUCGGUUCAGAAGUCAUAAACAGAAGGAAACGAAUAGGCCUAUAUAUCGAGUUAAAGCAAGAGAGACAUUCCAAUGACGCCUAGAGUGUUCCGCUUUGUAUUGAAUAUCAUCAAAAAUUUCCGGUAGUUUUUUAUUUUAUUAAAGAUAUUUGUUAUUAUAAGUAGAAGAAAAAAUACCUGUUAUUGAAAUGACUGUAAUUUGUGAAAUAUGCCGUUUGAAACUGCCAACUGCAAAAAUAUUAAUUUCUCACUAUUUGUGUAACCAUUCGAAAUUUAAAUUAGCCUGUGAAAUUUUGAGAUUAAGUGUUUUAAAGAGUACACCAAAAGUUUUGUCCAAGCAAUUAGAACGUAAAACAAAUACAAAAUCCAACAGAAAAAGAAUAAGAAGGUCUGAAACAUUAUUUGUAAAUGAUAAUAUUCAUAUUUUAUAUAGAAAUAAUGAAAUUAUUAUUAGAGAUGAUAAAAGUGCUGUGGAUAUGGAAUUCUCAUUCGAGGAAAAAUCAUCUAAAUCACAGGUUCAGCUUGAUAACAAAGAAGUAAAAUUAACCAAACUUGAUGUAAAUAGCAAUAGUAGUAGCAACAAUAUCUAUAACGAGUGCAAAUCUGUAGAACGCUUUCGAAAUACUGUGAAACUGGAAAAUAAGAAAUGUCUAGAGCCUGGAUUAAAUAUAUCUUCCAGCAGUAUCUCAUCGGAGGAUACAGUUAGGAAAAUUUUACCCAGAAAACGAAUAAAAAAACGAAAGGAUGUUAGAGAAAAAACAAGGCAUUACAAAAUUAACAUAACCACAUUGAAGACCAACGAAUCCUUUAACGAAAUUACGGGUAAUUUUUACUAUUGCACCUGUCGAGAUGAUAAUAAAAAUAAAGUGAAUUUGAAUAGUUUGAAAUUAACAUCGGAUACUGAAUCUGCUUCGGAUAAUGCUAAAACUAACACGUACGAUCCAAAAGUAUUUUGUAGUAAAUGUGGAAAUGGAUAUCGUGAGGAGCGAAUGUUACUAGAACAUAUGAAAAUUCACGAGACACAUUGCAGAGUGUGCAAUGAAAUAUUUCCUACCGAACAGUUAUUCAAACAACACAUAGAAAAUCAUAUGUUUAAAGUAUUUGUAUGUCAUUUAUGUAAUUUUGAGUUUCCCGUCAAACAAAUGUUGCACAAUCACUUUCAUCAUCAUUUUGAAGAUUCUGUGUUAGACACAGUCAUAGAUCUGGAAAAUGUACGACUAUAACCUAACAAGAUGUUUUCCGACCACUUUAAAUUAUCAGACGAGUAUUAACGACAUACUGUAUUAUUUAAGAGAAGGACAGCAAGGUGUUAUGUAAAAUUGCUUUACUCUGCUCUGGGAUAACUAAAUUGCUACAAGGAAACAACUACAUUUCAAUAGUGUACCUACAGAGAAAAAGUAAGCUACAUUUAGUUUACAAGAUGUUAUAAAUCGUAAACAGUGGUUGUAUAAAUAGCAUAUAAAAUAAGAGUGUUUCAUAUUCUACUGGGAAUCUACCUAUGCGCUAUACAGGGUCGACCUGUAUUCCGGAAACUUCGGUAGCAUAUUCUGCAAUAAAAAUAAGUAAAAAAGUUCGUAUAAAUGUAUGUCCUAAAUUGCUUAG